CCAGGCCCGCGGGAUUGUUAGAUGGAACACGGCUCCAUCAUCAACCAGGCGCGGAGGGAAGACGCCCUGGUGCUCACCAAGCAAGGCCUGGUCUCCAAGUCCUCUCCUAAGAAGCCUCGUGGACGUAACAUCUUCAAGGCCCUUUUCUGCUGUUUUCGCGCCCAGCAUGUUGGCCAGUCAAGAUCCUCCACUGAGCUCUCCGCAUACAAGGAGGAAGCCAACACCAUUGCUAAGUCGGAUCUGCUCCAGUGUCUCCAGUACCAGUUUUAUCAGAUUCCAGGGACCUGUCUGCUCCCGGAGGUGACAGAGGAAGAUCAAGGAAGAAUCUGCGUGGUCACUGACUUGGAUGAAACCCUUGUGCAUAGUUCCUUUAAGCCAAUCAACAACGCUGACUUCAUAGUGCCUGUAGAGAUUGAAGGGACCACUCACCAGGUGUACGUGCUCAAGAGGCCUUACGUGGAUGAGUUCCUGAGACAAAUGGGGGAACUCUUUGAAUGUGUUCUCUUCACUGCCAGCCUAGCUAAGUAUGCUGACCCUGUGACGGAUCUGCUGGACAGGUGUGGGGUAUUCCGGGCCCGUCUGUUACGUGAGUCCUGUGUGUUUCACCAAGGCUGCUAUGUCAAGGACCUCAGCCGCCUGGGAAGGGACCUGAGGAAAACCCUCAUUCUGGACAACUCGCCUGUUUCUUACAUCUUCCACCCGGAGAAUGCAGUGCCCGUGUAG